UUAGGAGACCGAGGAGGAAGGCGCGAAAAGAGGUUUGAGGAGCCACGGGCGCGGCGAGGCAUGGAAGAAGUCAUGAAUUCCUCUGGUCUCGAUGUUGCUGAGGUUCAUGGAAUACUGCUGGCCAUGCAGAAGAAUUUGGAAUGCCCAAUAUGCCUGGAGAUAAUGAAAGAACCGGUCUCAACGCACUGUGCCCAUGUCUUCUGCAGUUUUUGCAUAUUGAAGCUUCUUGAACAAAGGAAAGGUAUAACAAAAUGUCCACUUUGCAAUGGCAACAUAUCCAAAAGCACUCUACAGGAAGAUGUCCGAUACAAGCUUGUAAUCAAAGCUGUGCUGGAAGCCAUUGGUGCUUUGGAAUUUGAUACAGGAUUCAGUUUUUUAGGUGAUCGGUGUUUUCAUAAGAAAUCUGCAGUUCUUCAGGAAAAACAGAUCGUCAUUGAAAGUAAAGGCUACCAUGGCAGACUGAAUGGAGUGAAGAAAGUAGAAAAGAGAAACAGCACCUUGCAGAACAAAAGCUCCCAUUUGCCACUUCCCAACAGGGCUGUCACAAGGCACUCCCUGAUGAAGAAAAGCAGCUCCGAUAACACUGUCUGCUUUGAAAUAGGGUCGGACUCAUCUGAAGAUCUCUUUCAGAAGACAGCCACGGUCAGAUGGGUAGGCUGGAGAAACAGUUCUCAGUCUCAGGACGGUGAAAGGCAUGCUGAGAAGCGAAGCCAAAGCCCAUGUCAUGUGGAGCUUCAGGAGCCAAAUGGCAAAGAUGUGGUGUUGCUGGGUACACCAGGAGCAUGUGGUUUAUCUGAGGCAGGACGGGACAGCACAGGAGGCACUCGAGCCAGUCCAGGAAACAGAGAUGCUGUCAGCGAGAAUGUGGAGAAGAGGCAGAAUUUGUCUUCCCCAGUUCCCGGCAUAGAGAGGCACAGAGGGCAGCCAGUCUCCGAUUCUGCUCAGGAAAAUGGCUCUUAUUCUUUACCCAGCAUGGAGAGAUCCCAGUUGGUCAUUGAAGCCACAGAUCCUGCUCCAAAUAAGCAAAUAGGUAGUAAGGUGGAAAUGGUUAGCAAGGUGCAGCCUGCUGAAAGUGGACACCUUUAUGACCACAUCUGUGAAGAUGAGCAAGAGCUGCAGCAGCCCCACGCUUCCCCCAAAAGUCCUUUGGGUCAGGCAUAUGGGGAGAAACUGAACCAGAGCAUCCAGAAGGUCAAUGAGUGGUUUUCAAAAAGCAAGAUUCUCUCUCCUGCCCCUUCACAGGAUAUUAAUACUGAGGAGAGCGAUCCAGAUCUAAAUCCAUACCCGUCGAAUGGGGAUUGUCAUAUCUUCCAAGAGACUGAACUGAUGGAAGACCAAUGGGAGGUUGCAGCAGGGUGUGAAUUUUACAGGCCUGUGUCCAAACCAGUAGCUUCCAGAAUAGUAGAUAAAAUAUUUGGGAGAACGUACAUAAGGAGACCCAAGUCUGACCGCAUCCGUAUCCCGGUAGAGGAAAGCUGCACUGCUGCGAACGCUAAAUCCUGUGACGCCCUCAUAAGAAAAAUCCCAGCACACAAAAAGGCCAGAUUGCAGCUGACUCCUGAGGGUGUAACGAAAAAGCGAACAGCGAAGGAGUACAGCAAGGGGGCUGAUGGUAAUGCGAAUGCUAUUUCGGAAGAAGAUGGCUGCGGUUUUGCUGUGGUGGAUGGAGCUCCUGAGGCUGUGCAAAGGCCAGUAGAACUUUCUGUUAAGGAAGGGGCAUCUGGUUUUGAAUUGGAUGCUUCUCCCGUGGGCCGCCACUUGCGCAGCUUGCAAAAUCUGAAGAAGCCAAGGAACUCUUUGAGCAAGAGAAGCCAACGGCCAGGCGAGCCAGUUUGUCCACUUCAGUUAGUUCUGGAAGGACGCCCUGGUUCACCUGAGAAGGUACAGGCAGAUGGCAACCCAAACAGUGAGGGGUCACAGGAAGGCACCGCAGACCAGGUGCACAUCAGACGCAGCAGGAGGCUUCUGUCACGGGCAAAAGGAGAACAGUGGGAGAGUGAGCCCACCGAGAAAAGAAGGAAGCGGUUGAAUGAGGGUGAGAAGAAGCAAAAGGAGACCCGAGCAGGAAAUGCAUCUCCCUCAUCAGCAGGAGGUAGCCCCAGUGCACUGCAGGGCAGGCAGAUGGUCAUGGCAGAGGAUGCAAGUAAGGAUUGUGUCUUUCCUGAUGGAGAGGGCUCUCUGGGUGUUGAAUGCCAGACAGAGAGGUGCAGCCCUUGUCCUAUUGUCUCUGAUGCCACCUCACAAAGCCGUUGGUUGCUGCUGCAGGGUCAUUUUGCAGAGAGGGAACAAAGCGAUCGUAAGGUCAAAGAGUUCACAGCCGUACCUCAGGCGGAGCAGAGUGCCAUGUGUGCCCAGGCACCUGAGAUUAAUGGGUUUUGCCUGAGGGAUGUGAAGGAAAGCUGCAAGAGCCCCAGAGUGUGUGAUAGAGCGACAGGGAAGUUAAAUACAGAAACGGAUGACAGCGAACUGGAUGCAGGUUUAAUGCGGCAGAUAUUCCACUGCUGCAAGCGCCAGUCAUUCUUGCUGCAUCCAGUUCCGUCAAAGAAACCUGCUGCAGGAAUCCAAGCGGAGUUGAGCAUCGGCUGGGUAGAAGGCAGCGAGGCCGACUAUGCAAAGAAAUCAACUCCAGGCAUAGCCAGCGUUAGCAAGGUGAGAAGAGAAGCUGUCUCCAGCAAUGAGUUGAUACAUCUCCAAGUCGCUUCACAAGCUGACUUCCUGAAUAGUUUAUACAUGCCAGCAACAGUUAAGGAGGCCGAGAGUGGAAUUCUGCUGCAGAGUCCAAAGCCAGCAUGCAACAAGAAAGAGUUCUCAGAAAUGGACUCAGAAACUUCAAAUGCAAACGACUGUAGCCGUGGAAGCUCAGGUCUCUGGAGAAGAGGCGACUUCCAAGGCACUGGUUUAUACCCCACUGAUGAGACAAGCUCCAAGACAACUCAGUUUUUAGAAAUGAGACCUGAAAGUGAUAGAAAUAAAGCUAAAUCCGGAACUGGCAGUGUGGAAAGCAAAGGCGGAGUUGGGGAACAAACGCAGCUAAAGGGCACCAGAGAACAAACUGUCCAAAUGUCCAGUGCAGGUGUAUCUGAAGGGCAUUCAGAACAGUCUCCCAAGGAUGAAAAUCCUGGCUUUGCACCAGAGAGCUUGCUGGGCUCUGCCACUAAAAGCUCAUUUAAUCUUUGGGAAGUGGACCAACAGGACACUUUGGCCAUGUUUGCCAAAAAUGACCAAGGCAGCCCCCUGGAGAAAGACUUAGAAUGCGGCAGCAGUUCGGGGUCAAGGCCUGAAAGCCUGGCUCAAACACACCGAGGACGGGCGCAGAAGCUGUCUUCCACCGAAGAAGAAGAUUUCAGUGAAGACGAAGAGUUGCCAUGCUUUCAAGCUCUGGCAUUUGGUCAGUCAGCAAGCACACCGUCACAGCCAAUGAAAGAGGCAUCGGCAGAGAUUCCACCCCAGAGUAGCAGCAGCCGAAGCAGGGGAAAGGAUGGCUCUCCAAGCCAGGAGUCUGAGGGCUCUGUGAACUUGUUUUCCUCUCAGUCACACGCAUCCGAGGACUCCACCAGCAAGCCUCGUGACACAAGACUCUUAACACCAGUUCCCACUUUUCAGGGAAAAGCGAUGACUCCCAGAACAGCCAUAGAGCCCCUGGACGAAAUCUCCGGAGAUGCUGGACAACUGCAAGAUAGACACCAAGAUGAUAUAAAUGCAGAACCCAAUUUAGGUGAAGCGUUGGGUUAUGACAGUGAAAUUAGCCACCUGGGGGAUUCACCAGACUUCUCGCAGAGUGAGAUCCUCACCACACAGCAAAAAGAUGCCAUACAGAACAAUCUGAAGAAGCUUCAGCAGGAGAUGGCAGUUCUUCAGGCAGCCCUGAAGGAGGGAAGUCAGGAUGUUGCCACAGAACGGUUGCUGCUGCCAGGCGAGGAAAGCAUUUCUGCUGAGGGAAAGAUGAGUUCAGCAAGGGGAAGUGCAUCACAGAUGAGAUGUGGGAGCAGGCAAAGCCUCCUCACUGCAUCCCCCCCUGCUGGAAGCACGCACAGGACUUCAGAUGAUUGCUUGACGUCUUCCUCGACAUCUCAAGAACGCAUGUCAUAUUAUCCGGCUGCAGAGCCCGAGAAAGGAUCUGCCGUUGCCGUUCAGGACGUACCAAGCGCUCCAGAACAUGAGUCGCAGGGAAGGCCAGUCUCUUCCUUUGCUCCCACCGCAAUCUGUAGUGGUAGAAAAAAGAAAUCUAAGAGUCUGUCUUCAACAAGCAAGAGGAGUAUGACUCUGGUGGCGUCAGGUCUGUGCCGGGAUGAGCUGCGACUGGUUCAGAAGUUUGCCAGGAAAACCAAGAGCAUUUGGUCGAAUACAAUUACUAAAGACACAACCCAUGUUAUAAUGAAAACUGAUGAAGAUCUAGUCUGUGAGCGGACCCUGAAAUAUUUCCUUGGCAUUGCAGCACGGAAGUGGGUGAUGAGCUACCUGUGGGUGCUACAGUCACUGAAAGAAGGAAGUGUCCUAAAUGAGGGGGAUUUUGAAGUAAGAGGUGACAUAAUCAAUGGGAGAAACCAUCAAGGGCCCAGGAGAGCGAGGGAAUCUCCUACUGGAAAGCUCUUCCAGGGUUUGGAAAUCUGCUGCUACGGGCCAUUCACAGACAUGCAAAGAGAACAACUGGAGUGGAUGGUUGAAUUGUGCGGCGCCUCUCUUGUGAAGCAACCUCACUUAUUCUCAUGCUCAACAAACUCUGCAGAGGCUGUUGUGGUCAUUCAACCUGAUGCCUGGGAGGAAGACUCUGGCUGUCAAGGAAUUCCACCUCACUGCAGUGCCACUGUGGUUGCCCGUGAAUGGGUGCUGGACAGCGUCGCAUGCUACCAGCGCAUGGCCUUUGAUGACUACAUCCUGCGGCAGACGUGAUGGGCUUGCGCUGAAGUCACUCAUGGAUGGAUACAGAAUCGACGGGGCUGAAUUUUGAAUGGCUUUUUCACAG